AUGGAAAAGGUGUUGAUGUUACCAGCAAGCAGCUACGCAAAGAUCUCGCCAAAGCAUCCACUCGAUGUAAAUACGAACAGUGCUGAUGAUGAUGACUAUAAUGAAAUGCUUUGGAUUGGAGGGAGGCAAGCUGGCUAUCUGGGCUGGACGUGGUCUGACGAGCGACCCUUUUCUUACACUAAUUGGGACCAUGGAGAGCCAAAUAAUAAAGGUGGAAAUGAGCAAUGUUUGCAGUAUGACAUGUUACGCAAUCAGGUGCUGUACUUCCGGUCUAUGCGUGACUCGUCACCCGGUACUGCAUCCAUACCCUGGAUGUUCAACGGUCUUGAGUUUAUAACGGGUAUGGAGCCAACAACAGAACCGAAGAAGUGGAAUGAUGUCAGCUGCGACAGAAAGAUGAGAGCGUUUGUGUGUAAAAAAUAA